CGAACCCGGAAGCAGAGUAGCCCACGUGGGAGCCGGGGAGGGGCGGCCUUGGUUAGGCUACCUGGUUGUGGGUAGUCUAAGUCGAGAAUCCAGGCUAUUCGUACUCUGAGGGGGCGAGGUAGAGACGGCCAUCGGGUCUCCUUCGCCAAUGUUGGGGACCCGGAGCGGUCCGCGGCGGGAGUGACCAAUCCUGAUGACGUAGCAGGGGGCAUCGACCAUGGCACUGCUCUGGGCCGUCAGGGACGCGACCUCGCGGUUUUCGGGUCGCCUGCUCGCGCGUCAUUCCUCUCAAGCGGCGAGGCGUGGGGAGCGGCCCGGCGGGGAGGAGCUGAGCCGCCUGCUACUGGAUGACCUGGCGCCGACCCCGCGAUCUGCGGAGGGACUGGAGCGUCUGUUUGGCCUGUCCCCUUGUCUCCUGGCUCUGCGAGCUGCUCGUCGCCGCGUGGCCAGGCUUCUGCUCCAGGCCGGCAGGUCAGGGUUGCAAGGGGAGCGGGCCGAGCUGCUCCGGGCGGCAGAGGCGCGUGACAUACCAGUUCUGCGGCCCAGACGGCAGAAGCUGGACGCCCUGUGCCGCUACCAGGUCCACCAGGGCGUCUGCAUGGAGGUGAGCCCGCUUCAGCCUCGGCCUUGGACUGAGGUCGGGGAGGCGAGGCCAGGCGACGACCCCCGGCAGCUGUGGCUUGUCCUCGAAGGGCUCCAGGAUCCCCGGAACCUUGGGGGCGUGCUGCGUUCUGCUCAUUUUCUCGGAGUGGAUAAAGUCAUCACCAGCGGGAGAAACAGCUGCCCACUCACUCCAGUAGUCAGCAAAGCCAGCGCGGGGGCUAUGGAGGUGAUGGACCUGUUCUCCACUGAUGACCUGGCCGGUUUUUUACAGGCCAGAGCCCGGGAGGGCUGGCUUGUAGCUGGCACAGUGGGCUGCCUGGGGCCUGAGAUUUCCUCGUUCUCUGAGAUCCCUGUCACUAGCUGCUUGGAGUUCCUCUGGGACCGGCCUACUGUCCUAGUGCUGGGUAAUGAGGGCUCUGGUCUGUCCAAGGAGGUACAGGCCUCCUGCCAGCUUCUCCUUACAAUCCUGCCUGGCCGGCAGCUGCCCUCUGGACUUGACUCCUUGAAUGUCUCCGUGGCUGCAGGAAUUCUUCUUCACUCCAUUUGCAGCCAGAGGAAGGGUUUCUCUGCAGAGAAGAGAGAGCAACUUCUCUAAGACCCGCAAGGAACCUCAGCCACAUCAGCAGGGCCCAGAGUGGCUCAGCACCCAGGACUGUCCUCAGAACCAGAACAAGAGAGGCAUAAUGGGGGCUGACUUGGACUGUCUGAGGUGUGUGUGCUAGAGGGCACACACAUCCACAUGAUCGAAUAUUACUGGAGUCUCUUGCCUGAGAGUGCACCCAGGCCCCUGUUUACUAGGCACUAUCUUGUAGGGCAGGAAGCUCUGCGAUGGAGACCAAAGGAAAGUUCAGUUUCCUGUUUUGAUUUUGGACUUGCGGUUGGAAGUGGCAGCUUGUUAGUCUCCAAGAUUGUGCUGGGAUAGAGGGUCUCUUUCCUCCUGGGCCCUGCCUGGAAGUCAAGACAUACAAAGGGAAUUGGGCAGCCUAGUCCAGGUGUCCUAUUCCUCUUGAACCAGUGUGAGAAUGUAGAGGAAGGCCUCGUUCCUCUUGUGGACUAGACGGGUACAGAUCCAGGCUCCAACCCUGCCUGCCCCAGUGGGGGCCUUGAGCACGAGGCUUCAUCCUGCUGUCCCUCACAGGGCUCUUUGUGAGGAUCCAAUAAAAUGUCACCUGGGCCAUUCUGUCCCAUUCUUCCACUAGAUGGCAGCCUUGCUCUUUGAUCCGUAGUCUCUUCUGGAAGUUUUUGCAGCCACCUCUGGAGAUUCCUGGCUGCGGCCCCCAGAGAGGCAAGGGAAAGAUUAGCAAACACCUCUCACCUUACUGGCCUUCCAGACCUCCUCACCAGUGACUCAUCAGUCAGUGCACCUCUGAGAAAGGAACCAAUGAACCAGAGCCCUGGCCUUUGGUUCUGUGGAGUGGUGGGGUCAGUGUUGCUGUUUAUUGUACAACCCACAUGGAUUUGGGGCUCCUCCCACAGGGUCCCACAAAUGGAGCAGAAGCCCCCGGUAUAAGUAGUUUAGAGCAGUCUUGGCUACCCAUUGGAACCACCUGGCAAUCUUUCAAAAACAACUCACACUGGGGACCCACCCCCAGAGAAUCUGAUGUAAUUGGUCAGGGGGCAACCUGGGUAUCAGGAGUUUGAAAGCCCCCCCCCCUCCUGCCCCCAAAUGAGUCUAAUGUGUAGCCCAGGCUGAGAACCACUGGAGUAGGGGCUCCAGGACCUCAGCAGUAUUGACAUUCUGGGCCAGAUAACUCUUUGUUGGAUGGCUUGUCCUGUGCCUCAUAGGAUGUUCAACAACAUCCCUGGCUUCUACCCACUGGAUGCCAGGAGCACCUCCUGCCCCCCCAGUGUGACAACCAAAAAUGUCUCCAGACGUUGCCACAUGUCCCCUGGAGGACACAAUCGCCCUCGUUGAGAACCACUGCUCUGGAGUAUGGAUCCUGGAGGACAGCAACCUAAGUUAAAGUCCUAAUUGCUCUGUCACCUUGAACAAGUUCCCUUCCCACCCGAGCCUCAGUCUCCUCAUUGGUGAAGGGGGAUCACGAGCUCAGUGCCUUCCACACAGUAGUGCUCAGUAAGAGGUACCACUCUUUUCUCUUUGGAAUGAAAUUAUCUUGGGAUUCCCAUUUAAAAAGACAUUUGAAUUUGUUUUAAAAGGGCCCAAGAUUGCACGGGCGCCUUGGUGGCUCGGUUGGUUAAGCAUCUGACUCUUUACUUCUGCUCAGGUCAUGAUCGCAUCGUUCGUGAGAUUGAGCCCCACAUCAGGCUCUGUGCUGACAGUGCGGUGCGUGCUUGGGAUUCUCUCUCCCUGUCUUUCUGCCUGUCCCCCCACUUGCUCGCUCCCUCUCAAAAUAAAUAAAUAAUAAAAUAAAAGGGCCUAAGAUUGCUUUAAAGUCAAAGUUUUUCCUCUCAAGAAAGAAGAAGAACCUUUUCAUAAAACUCCAUAGAGAUCUCUACCACAUUGGUACCCUUGAGCUGUCUGUCCCCAACUGCCACACAGAUUCUGACCCUGGCAUGUGUCAGCCUUGGGCAUAUCACACUGCCUCCCCUAUCUAUGCUGCACUCUUAGCCAAGAUCCUAAUGUGGUUUUGAACCUUGGCUACACCUUAGGUGGGGUUGGGGGUAUGUGUGGUGGUGCGGAGGGGGACAGCUUUAAUAUUCCAGCUGCCCAGAGGCAUCAGAAUGAUUAGAUCAGAAUCUCUGCGGCAGGAGCCAGGUCCCAUGUUUUUUAGAGCUCCCGGUUGAUGCUAGUAUGCUGCCAGAUCUGAGAAUCACUGGUCUUCAAGCCACCUUCUCAUGUCCAAGAAACUGCUUCCAAAUCAUUCAUACCUGUACUUUUGAGUGCAUGCCUAAAAGUUUGGGCCAGUCGGCCUUUCAUCUGUCCCUAGGUUCAGAAGAUGGUGGGUCGAGCCCUGACUCUAUUGGCUUCUUACCUGGAUGCCUUCUCAGCCUCCUCAUCUAUAAAAUGGGGAUAGUGCCUUCAGUACCUGCUCCAGCCAACCCCUCCCCAACAAAGAUUUGUAAAAACAAAAUGAGAGAGUAUCAGUAAAAAGCAUUCUGUAAACCUAGGCACUGUGCACCCCAGGACUAGCACAUGAUAGUACAGACAUGGAUAUAAUGGCUCAGUUUAUGUAUCAAGUUGCCUGGGCCACAGAAUGCCCAGAUAGUUGGUCAAACCUUAUACUCAGUGUUUCUGUGAGGGUGUUUUUGUAUGAGAUUGACAUCUAAAUUUGUAGACUGAGUAAGCCAAAGUGCCCUUUCCAGUGUGGGUGGACCUCAUCCAAUCAGUUGAAGACCUGAAUAGAGAGAGGGAAAAAAAAAAAAAAAAAAAAGCUUCUCCCCUAAGAAUUCUUCCUGCCUUUUGGAACUGAAACAUGGGCUUUUUCUGGUCUCAAGCCUGCUGGCCUUUAGAUGGGAACUGCGUCAUCAGCUCUCCAAGGUCUCCAGCUUGCUGUUCUCUGCAGAACCUGGACUUGCCAGCCUCAUAACCACAUGAGCCAAGUUCUCAUAAUA